GUUGAGAGCUUGCCGUUAAGCUGUGUGGUCGUACCAUAUUCGUUUAUCGUGUGUGCGUUGUGUUGAAAUUCAGCUUUAAUUUAAUUCUUAAGCCAAACAAAAACAGCGUAUUCACGUUGCAGAAAGUGUACUACAUAACAAUCAGAUACAACGGCUAUAGACAAAGUUUUUUUUAGUGUUUUGCGCCCGAGGUUUCUCUCAUUUUAUGCGUUGUUUCAGUACCAUGAAAUUGGAUUAAUGAAAGGAUUAUUGUGAGCUUCGUAUAUUACACUGAUAAUUUCAAUCAACCAAACCAUUCGAUAACAACAACAAAAAAAUCACCGUGAAUUCGAUAGCCUGAACAAUCAGACGGCAAAUUAUGCCGUCAAUUUGCAACCCUGGAGCGUUUUAUGCGCUCUUCGGGUUACUCGGAUUAAUGGAUUAUGCGAUGGUGAUGGGACAACAGAAUCCAGUUCAAACGUGUCCACCAAUGUCUGAGAUAUCGCCGUGUGCGUGUAAUGUAAAGAAAAAUGGAUUGGACAUUUUGUGCGAAGCAACCGAUGUCACUCACAUCAAUCGAGCCAUGGGUACACUGAAGGGCAAAAAUCCAAUUAUAUUUUAUUUGAAACUGAGACACAGCAAUUUGCCGAAACUCCAAGGAUUCGUCUUUUUGGCAUUAGACAUCCGGCAUUUGACCAUUCACAACAGCAGCUUAGCGGUUAUUGAAGAGACAGCUUUAAGCUCAUUAGGCGAGGAACUAACUCAAUUAGAUGUUUCACAAAAUCAAUUACAAAAUGUCCCUUCGCUCGCUAUAAAAAACCUUCAUCAUUUGUUAAUUUUAAAUUUAAACCAUAACCGAAUCUCACAAAUACACAACAAAGCGUUCGAGGGACUCGACACGUUGGAAAUACUAACACUAUACGAGAAUAAAAUCAACGUCGUCGAAGCGGAAGCUUUCCGUGGCUUAGAAAAGAAAUUGAAGAGAUUGAAUCUCGGAGGAAACGAACUAACAUCUGUGCCGCAAAAGUCAUUAGCUAUAUUGGAUAUGUUGAAGAAACUAGAGAUACAAGAAAAUAAAAUCAAGGUAAUUCGUGAGGGUGAUUUUGAAGGAAUGAAGAAUCUGGAUUCACUUAUUUUGGCGCAUAAUCAAUUAACGUCAGUUCCUGCCAACGUUUUUCGCCAUUUAACGCUUCUCAGCUCACUAGAAUUGGAAGGAAAUAAUAUAGCAUAUGUGGAUAAGGAUGCAUUUGCUGGAUUAGAAGAAAAUCUUCAAUACCUACGCCUGGGCGACAACAAUCUUCACCAGAUAUCGAGCGAUGCUCUACGACCACUGCACCGUCUUCGCCAUUUAGAUCUCCGAUCAAAUAACAUCAGUGUCAUACCAGAAGACGCAUUUGUCGGCUAUGGAGAUUCGAUAACAUUCUUAAAUUUACAAAAGAAUGAUAUCAAAAUGCUGCCGGCAAUGGCAUUCGAAAAUCUGAAUUCGCUGGAGACGUUGAACAUCCAAAACAACAAAUUAACUCGAAUACCUGAAGAAGUAAUGGAACCGAUAAUGGAUACAUUACGAGUGGUCGACAUUAUGGAUAAUCCCCUCAUCUGCUCCUGUGAAUUGAUAUGGUUUCCAAAUCUGUUGCAAGAUUUGAAAAAUCGAGACGACGAAAUGACUCAAAAGAAACGGCCCAUGUGUACCAUGCCCAACGAGCAUCGAGAAUAUUUUGUCCAGAAUAUGCCGCUGGAACGGAUGAAUUGUAUCGGGAAAAAUCUUGGACGAGCUGGACUUAGUGGCGGUGGUCAAAUUGUGAUCAUAAAUGUAUUUUUAAGUGUUUCGAUGAUUGGAGCUUUGUUAGUUUUUUAAUGAAUUCGGAUUAUUUUUUUGUGUGUGGAAAUUAUCGUUUUUUUUACUUUUGUUUCGGUUGUUUAUAGUCAUAUGGAAAAAAGAAACUUGACGGGAGGAUCUGUUUGUCAUAGUGUCAAUGACAAAUGGGAAUUCUGGAGAUACAUACAACAUGUUGCGUAUGACCCAUGGUAGCUUAAGUUAAUUUUUACUUUUUGUAAAACUUUUUUUUUUGCAUCAAUCAAACCUUAGAAUAAUUUUUAUCGAAUUACAAUUAUAUCUUAAGGUAUCAGAAAAUACUUUCGUUGCAUUACGUUCGUACAAAAUGAGUUUAGAAGAAAAAAUAUUUAAAAUUAAUUUAUUGCAAACCAGCAAAAAAUCACAAGCAUUUUACACUUCAUAACAUUUUUGAAACAAUUUUGAAAUAACAAAAUUUAUUAUAAAAAUAAGAAUAAAAAUGAACAACUGGAAAAACAAAACGUGAAUAGCAAUCAUAUCGCAACAUUUUACAUAACUAAAUGAACCACCCACCCGAACAAUUUAUUUUUGAACAAAAACAAAACAAUCGAGGUGGUACCAUUUCACUCUUACAAGCCUCAAUGGAAAAUCCAAUUACGAUCAUCACGUUUCAGCAGGGAUGGAAGUCUAGUCGUGUGGGUAGAUGAACAAUCGACUGCGUUUUAUUGUUAGAAAUUAUUUUCAAUAAGAAAAAUGCAUCUUCGUCAUCGUUUCAAUUAUCAUAGAAGUUCUAGCCGCAAUGAAAAAAGGCGGGUCCACACGUUUCAUCGAGUAAAAAAAAAUCUGUGGAUAUGUCUAAGUCCGAGCUCUUCAAUUUAUUACGGCUUGCCGCAAUGAAUUGCCAAGUUAAUUUGAAAAUGUUAAAAUUUUAAGGGGUUCCUAGUCUUCAGCUUUGAUACAAACCAAACUCUAUGGCGCCAUCUCGUUUCGUUCGAAUGAAACGCUUAUGAUUAUUCUUAAUAUCAUUGAUGUUAUCCUUAAGGACAAUAGAAAUGCGAACGUUGCA